AUGCAGAAUAUCAAAGAUUUAGAAAAUGAAAUUAAAGAAAUCAAGGAGAAAGUUAAUUUAUAAAAGAAAGAGUAUUAAACACUGUUUGUUGAGUUUGAAGAGAUUUAAGAGGAACAGAUAGACUUUUGA